UCCUAUAAAUACUGGAUGGCUUUAGCGCCAACUUCAUUUUCCAAUAAUCUCACACUAGGGCUCCAUACGAGAGAGAGCGCGGGAAAACGAGUACGAUUUCUUUGUUCGUAAAGUCUCGAAAUGCAGAAGAUAGGGUUUCCAGCGAUGAAGAGCUUCGAUCAGAUCCGUUCGUUGGCUGGAUCGGCGAAGAACUUCUCCUUCUCCUCGCGUCAACCUCAGGAUUCCGUCUCUUCCGGAAAUUUCUCGAAUCUGAAGUUUACUGCAGAAAAAUUGGUGAAGGAACAGGCUUCUAUGAAAUCCGAUCUCGAACUGGCGAAUUCUAAGCUGAAGAAGUCAAUGGAUCAUAUAGCUGCUUUAGAAGAAAAACUGCAGAACGCUUUCAAUGAGAAUGCUAAGCUCAGGGUAAUGCAAAAGGAGGAUGAAAAGCUCUGGAGAGGGAUGGAGUCCAAAUUUUCUUCAACGAAGACUCUGUGUGAUCAACUUACUGAGACUCUGCAGCACUUGGCUUCCCAGGUUCAAGAAGCUGAGAAGGAUAAAGAGUUUUUUGAGUCCAAAUUCUCUACUAGUGCGGAAGCAAUAGACUCUUUAAAGCAGCAAAUGCAAGAUCUAUCUUUAAGAUUGGGUGCUGCUGAAGAAGACAUCAAAAGCCGUGAGAAGGAGCUAAAGGAGCUCAACCUCGAGAAAGAACAGAGAGAAAACUCUUACCUAAAUGAACAGUGUAGAACUGCCGAUCUCUUAAAGGAGAAAGAUGUUAUCAUAAUGAAUUCUGAAGCAGCUAUUGCUGAAGCAAAACUCAACAUUGAGAAUUUAAACUUCCAACUUGGGAAGCUGCGUCUGGAAUUAACAUCAAAAGAAGAUGAAGCCAAAUUCCUUGUUGGCGUCAAGGAGAAGUUGGAGCAAGAAAAGAUGACAAUUCAGAUGAGUGCUGAUAAUCUAUCUGAGAAACUGAUUAACUCAGACCAGGAGGUCAAGAAGCUCGAGGGCUUUGUCCACUCUUUGGCAAUCGAAUUGGCUGAAUUAGACAAAAAGAACUUGGCCUUCAUGGAAAAAUUUGAUAAGCUAAAUGGUUUAUAUGGCACUCACCUUAUGUUGCUCCAAAAGGAUAGAGAUAUUGCUUCUGAUCGUGCUCAAAGAUUAUUCAAUCAACUCCAAGGAGAGUUCUUGACUGUGACUUUCCAGAAAGAAUCUCUGCAGUCAGCAGGCAAUGAGUUAUAUGAACAAAAAGAGGAACUGAAGAAAGCUAAAGAGUCACUAGUUUCCCAACUUGCCGAAGAACGCUGCUCCGCAAGGCAGGCGAUUGAAAAGCUAGAGUCUGAAGCAAAACUUCUAGUUUCAACAAAUGCUGAGUCAGAAGCAGUAAUCUCAAAGUUGAAAGAGGAAAUAGAAGCUUUGGUGGAAAAUCUGAGGGCCUCAGAGAAUAAGACGCAAGAAUUGUUGUUAAAGCUUUCAUCAUCAGAGAUGGAAAGUAAAGAGAACUAUGAGAAGCUGCAGGCUGAUGCACAGAGAAAAGCUGAAGAAAUGGAGAUUUUGCAGAAAGAGAGUGAGAGCAAUCAGCUGCGUGUAGAAUCAUUGUCGAAAGAGGUGAACCAGCUCCAAAGCGUUAUUGAAGAGAAAGAGCUUCUUAUCCAUCAAUGCAAGGAAAAUGAGAAGAAGCUGGACCAGAAAACUGCAGAGGACAAGGAGCUACUGGAAGCUACUGAAACUAAGCUUCUAGACGCGAAGAAGCAAUAUGACCUGAUGCUGGAAAAUAAACAGUUGGAAUUAUCAAGGCACUUGAAGGAGUUAUCUCAGAGGAAUGACCAGGCAAUCAAUGAAAUCCGGAGGAAAUAUGAUGAGGAGAAGCAGGAAAUUAUUAAUGCAGAAAAGGAAAAGGUUGAAAAGGUUAUCAAAGAGUUAUCAACGAAAUACGAUAAAGAACUCUCAGAUUGUAAAGCCGAAUCAAAGCAGCAAUUGCUGACCAUUCAGGAGGACCAUGCUUCUCUGAUACUCACUAUUCGAGAGGAACAUGAAAAUAGAGAGUUCAAUCUCAAAGCCAAGCACGAUGAGGAACUGAGACAAGCUCAGAUUCAGGCUGAGAAUGAAUUAAAAGAGAGGAUAACAACAAUCCGGGACGAGCAUGAUGUUCAGUUGAAAGCAUUCAAGUGUCAGUACGAAGUUGAUUGCAAGAAGCUGCAAGAAGAAUUAGAUCUUCAGAGAUCAAAAGAAGAAAGGCAAAGAGCUUUGUUGCAAAUGCAGUGGAGGGUUAUGAGUGACAAACCGCCUGAAGAGCAAGAAGUGAGCUCUAGAAAGGAAUAUUCAGUCGCAUCUGCCAAAGUGAGAGGUUCUCGUCCUGCUGGUAGCAGGAGAAGCCAGCAUACAGCAGUGAUGAUGCAUGAUGACGAUGAACAGGAUUCCCCUUUUGUGAAGGCAACAGAUACACCCGUGACAAAGAUAUUAAAGAAAGUUGAAAAUGUGAAUACAAGAAGCUUAAUGAGCAGUCCAAAGCAUCGUAGCAAGGUGACUCGUCGUGAAUAUGAAGUUGAAACGAAAGAUGGGAGGACCACAAAACGAAGGAAGACAAGAGGCACGGUCAUGUUUGAGGAGCCACGGAGGCGAUCGACUCGGUUUACACCCACAGCUAAGACCCCUAGAAGUAUCGCUAAGGUAGCAGGCAUAAGCAGUCAUCAACGCUCUGCAAAUAUUGGAGAUCUGUUUUCAGAAGGCUCCCUAAAUCCUUAUGAUGAUGAUCCCUAUGCAUUUGACUGAGCACUCAGUAGAAUCUAGCACAAAGCCUUGCUCCUAAAAUCGUUUUCCUUGCUCUUAAGGCUCUCUGCUACGCUAUUCAGGAGAUAAUGAUUACAGAAGUUAAAUGUUGCUCACACAUUUUGUACAGACCUUUCCUAUUGCAUCAACUUUGUCAUUUGUUAAUUGGGCGUGUAAGGUUGUGGAUGUUGAAGAACUUGCUACUAGUUACAGAAAAACAAAAAU